AUGGGUAAAUUCGAUAGAGGCAAACAUAGGAAUUUGAGAGUUGGUAGAAAUUUAAAUAAAAAAAUUGUUAUUCUACCAAUUUUAAUUCAAAAAUAUAUAUUACAAUUUAUUUAUAGUGAAAGUGGAAGUUUUCCUUCUAAUUUCUAUUUUAUUUAUAAUGGCCAAAUUCCCUUUAUGAGUUUUCCAUUGGUCAAUUGGAAUUGGUUUACAAUGUGUCAAAAAAUAUUCAGUAAUUAUUAUCAUUUCCCUUACAGUAGAGGUUUUAUUAGUAGUGACAUUAAUAAAUACAAAAUAAUGAAUAUACAAAUAAUAAAGAUAUUAUGUAUUUCAAUAAUUGAUAUUAGUGAUGAGGUUGUUGGUGAAAUUAAUGCACAUGAAGGAUUGGAAUCAAUUACAAUUGUAAAUUAUUUCGAUUCAUGGUUUGGCGGUUCUUUUUGGAGAUUAAAUUAUUUAAAUAAAUUAAGAGAUGAUAUAGUUGUAAAUUUCGAUUUAAAUUUAGGUCCUCCAAGAAACCUUGAAAAAGAUAGAAUGCCAAAUGAAAUAAACCAUACUCAAGCAUUAACAUUUAAAAGUGAUAAUAUUAGUGUUACUGUUCAAUAUGAAAUUGAUGAUCGCUUUAAAUUUGUUUAUACAGAUAUAAUUUCAAAAUUAAAUUUUAAAUCAUUAAGAUUUAAUUUUAGAUUUCCAACACAUUUUUUACAAUAUCAUUCUAUUUCAAAAUCAAAUAAACAUUUUGAAAGUGUUAGAAUUAAUAAUGACUAUAUACCAUUAUAUUCACUUUAUAGAUUUUUAAAAGCACCAAAUAUUCAUACACUAAAAAUUUUUGUAAAUUUUUAUUCACUAUCAAAGUUAUACACUGAUUUCAAUCAACAUCAACAUCAACAUCAACAUCAACAUCAACAUCAACAUCAUAUCGAUUUUGAAAAUUUUGAUCAAACUAUAAAUGAAGAUGAACAAUCUCCUUGCCCAUUUACCAUGACAUUACCAUCAUAUUCAUUGCAACUAUGGAAUGAAUGUGUCAAAUUAAUGGGGAGUAAUACAACAAUUACAGAGUUAUCGAUUUUUAAUGCUGAUUGUCAUGAUUGUGAUACAAAACACGAUCAAUUUGAACUUGAUAAUGGUUUUUUAAAUGAUUUCAUAGAUUCAUUUUCAAAUAAUAAAACUAUUAAAACACUUUCAAUCAAUUUAGGAGAUUAUUUUAGUUCUGAAUUUUUAAUUUCAAAAAUGGCAACAAUGUUAAAUCAAAAUUCAACUCUUGAAAAUCUAAAUCUAUAUUUAGAUUAUGGUCUGGCUCCUAAAAUAUCAAAAAUAACCACAAAUAAAAAAUGUAGAUUAAACCAUUAG